AUGUCCAUCCCAUUCUUCAUCAUCGACGUCUUCACAACCACCCCCUACAAAGGAAACCCCCUCGCCGUAGUUCCAACCUUCGACUCCCCCCUCUCCACAACCCAAAUGAAGCUCCUCGCUCGCCAGUUCAACCUCUCCGAAACAACCUUCAUCUGCCCCCCAGCAACCGCCCCCGCCACCUACCGACUCCGUUCCUUUCUCCCCAAUGGCGGAGAGAGCGGGAGCGAGAAUGUCGUCGAUGGUAAACAGAGCGUAUAUCAUCAGGAGCUAGGGGGCGUGGUCUUUCCGGUUGAGAUCACAGUGUCCCAGGAGAAGAUCUGUAUCUCCAUGCACACCCCGCAAUUCUUGUCUCGCCAUCCUGACCCCGCUACCCUCAGCGGGGCGUUAGGUCUUGAAUUAUCUGAGAUUGGAUUUCACAUCCCUGGUACCGAUACCUCUGUGUCUGAAGCCCGUGUUGUAACGACCUCGCCGGCGCGUCAUCUCCUUGUCCCGGUGCGCGACGUGCAAGUUCUCCUUCGUGUGCGUUUCUCAAGCGAGGCGGUGGCGACGGAGCUAGAGAAGACGGAGAGUUGGAAUAGUGGUGUUUAUGUGUUUGCGCCGGGGCCAGGCUUUUCUCCUGAAUCUGUUGAUCAAGAGCUGUCGGGUGGGAUGAAAGUUCGGCCGCGUUUUGAGGCGCGGUUCUUUAGUCCGGGGAUGGGCGCUGAGGAUCCGGCGACUGGGUCAGCGGCGGGGCCAUUGGGGGCGUAUCUUUGGGAGAAUCGGGUGGUUGAUCGAGGAAGACUGGAUUGGGGUCGUGUGGAGGUUGAGAUUGUGCAGGGACGAGAGAAGAGAGGGAGUGUUUUAUGGAGGUUCGGCUGGAGGUGGAAGGGGGCCGUGCGGUGGAGGUGGUGA